GGCCGCCCCUCCUCACUCGCUCCCCGACUCUUUGGCUGGCUCGGACCUCGCGGCGGACGCGGACGUGCUUGCUGGCGAGAUGACUCAAAAGACGGUCCUGAUCACGGGAUGUUCCUCCGGCAUCGGCCUGGCGCUCGCCACGCGCAUCGCCAAGGACGAGAAGAAGAGGUUCAUGGUGUACGCCACCAUGAGGAACGUGAGCAAAGGCGAGGCGCUGGUGGAGGCGGCCGGCCGCUGCCUGGGCCGCACGCUGGAGAUCAAGCAGCUGGACGUGUGCGACGAGACGUCCAUCAGAGCUUGCGUGGACAGCCUGCCCCAACGCAGGGUGGACGUCCUCGUCAGUAACGCCGGCAUGGGCCUGAUCGGCCCCAUCGAGUGCCAGUCGCUGGACGAGAUGAAGGCGGUGAUGGACACCAACUUCUUUGGCCUGGUGAGGCUGCUCAAGGAGAUCCUUCCCGACAUGAAGCGCCGCAAGAAAGGUCACGUGGUGGUCAUCAGCAGCGUCAUGGGCAUCCAAGGGAUCCUCUUCAACGACGUCUACGCCGCGUCCAAGUUUGCCGUGGAGGGAUUCUGCGAGAGUUUGGCGGUGCAAGCGCUCAGGUUCAAUCUCAACAUCAGCCUGAUCGAGCCGGGCCCGGUCAUCACCGACUUUGAGCGCAAGGUGUACGAGGAAGGCCUGAAAACGGACCUGAGCAACGCCGACGCCGUGACGGCCGACAUGUUCACCAACAUCUACCUGAAGAACUACAAGCAGAUUUUCCAGACGCUGGGACAGACGCCGGAAGACGUGGCGGAGCUCUUGGUGUUUCCUCAGCACACGCUGAGGAUCAUGACGUCGGACAACCCCCCGUUCCGCCACCAGACCAACACGCUGUACACGCCCAUGACCACGCUCAAGUACGCCGACCCCAACGGCGACCUGCCCAUCGACACCUUCUACAAGAUGGUCUUUGAGCACGACAAGAUCUUCAACGCCAGCCUCAACUUCCUCAAGUUGCUGCGCUGGAGGAGCAGACGCAGCUUCACGCUGGACAAAAGCAACUGACAUGGCCUCCGUUUCGCUGCUUGAGCUCGUGCUCGUCUUUAGUCGCGCCCGUAGGCCGUCUUGUGACCACAUCAAGUCACUUGACAUUUUCAACGCCUCCCAAUAUUGCAAACAGCUCUCGUUCUUGUAUGCUAUAAGCUUUU